AUGGCUGAUUGGAUUCCGGGUAUUUCACAAGUAAAAAGUCUCUUUCAAGUUGCAUGUGGAGAUUUGAAAGGUGCAGCAAAAACACAAGACAAUUUUAUUAAGCAAUGUCCUGGAGUUUCACAGGUUACUUCCGUCGUUCAGUUAGUGACUGGUGAUGCAGAUGGAGCACUCGAAACACAAAAACAAUGUCUUGGUACACUUUCACGUGUGGCAGAUGGUGUGCCAGUCGUUGGUCAUGCCAAAGGUCUUAUUCAUUAUGCAGCAGGCGAUACCCAAGGAGGUCAUCGAGCUAUGAGAAGUUCAACUCGCACCUGUGCCGUAAUGGGGGCUGGCGCGGCUGGAUUUGUUGCUGGUGGACCGGUGGGCGCAGUGGGUUUAGGUGUAGCUGCAGGAGCAGGAAUGGACAGUAUCUAUACAGUGGCUACCGAUACGCCGCAGGGUUACGUAGCUGCAGUGAAGAAUGUGGUGGAAAAUCCGUCUGCUGGUGGACUUUUUGAUAUGGCUUUGAUGCCGGUAGGCGAUGGUAUGACCGGAAUGGCUGGUGGAGCUAUUGCUAGAAGUGUUCAAAAUAAUGUGCAGCUUCAACAAGCUGCCGAAUUGUAUAAUCGAGCUGAUGCUACUUUACAGGCUGCCGAAGCCAAUGUUCAAUCAAUGACUUCAGGUGAAUAUAUGCAACAAAUGAAUACGGCAGCUGAUCUUUUUAAAACAGCACAAAAUAUUGAACAGGCAGUGAAUGGUCCUCCUCCUCCGUCGACGUUCUCUGCUGCGGGCAAGUCGGGUGAAAGCGCAGCAGUAACAACAGCUGGACAGACAGCUACACCUACAGUUACAAUUGUAGUACCAGAAUCGGGCCUACUUGAGACAGAGCAAUCUACUCGUCGAGUGUAUGUGAAACGACAUAGACGAAAUGAUGGAGUCUAUGAAAUUGAAAUAGCCGGUGAAGCUGAAGCAUCUGCUACUGUUACCUUUCUUAAUGUGGAAAAUGCACCUACAGCAAUGCGUAACGUUCAUGCAAAUCUAGCUAUGGGAAAAUUAGAUAAUUCAGUUCGUGGUUUCGAUCAUAUACUUGUGAGACAUCGAAAUGAUUUUCAACAACUUGGUCUGAGUGUCAAUGGUGUUGAUCGAUGGAAUGAUCAAAUUACUGUGAUCACAUAUUUGCGUAAUACGAUGCGUGCUUCGAAUUUCAUCGGACAAGAAUUUAGUCACAGUGGAUCUUUACGUUUCGCCUGGAGAGUGAAAGACAUCCUUGGUCGAGAGCGUAUCCUUGUUGUCGGUUACAGUAGUCAAACCUAUGAGAUCGCAGACAAUUCUGAAAUUCGUGGUCCAUUUCGUGAAAUUAUGAGUGCAUUUCUUCUGGAACCUAAUGAAAAAGGCGUGUUUACUCGACCUUCAAAUUUUGUUGAUAGUUGUAGAAGAUCAAAAAGUGCAUAA